UUAUAUAUCAUGGACAUUUAAUUGUAGUAGCCAGCAGGGGCAGAUCUAGAGAAUUUUGGAUGUGGUGGCCAAGUACCAACAUCCAAAGGACAUAUGAAAGCACCAACCAGAAUUUAAUGGCCAUAUAUAUCCACAAUCAAGAGAAAUAUGUCAGUCUGAAAAUACAUUAACCUCAUAGGCGCCUUGAUAGCCGACUGGUUUUGGUGAAAAUCCAUAUACAUACUGUAGAUUCUCUGCAGUAAAUAUAAUUUCUCAGUAGCCCUCUUAGAGUGUCUUUGCUUUUCUUUUCUGAGCUGCAGAGGAGAUAUGUAAUAGAUUUUGAAUGCUUAUAUUGAUCGCCGUUGAUGUGUAGCCACAUCAGCAUAAACCUUCCUCUAUCCUAUUUUUCAUGACUGUAUAAAAAGCAGGCAUUUUGAAGGGUCCUGUCCAAAGAACAAUUUCACAGUGAUGUUGUGUCCUUCUCUCUGUGCUGCAGGAAUUAAACUAGAAAACAAAUACCCCUCUGCACUCAGAUACACUGUGCUUUGAGCAAAAUGCUAACAGGAACAUGAUAAAAUACUCAUUAAGCAUAAUGCUAACAUGCGAAUGCUUGGAGUGUUUAUCACUUUCAUUGUCUUAGUUUAGUGUGCUAACAUUUGCUACAGUAAUUGGCACUAAACACAAAGCACAGCUGAGCAAUUAUGUGUUCACAGUAGCAGAAAUUUCAUCCAGCAGCUUUGUUAUUUUGACAGUGAUGUCUGAUGUGUUGCACACACUCCAGGACAGUAACACUCCUUGGAACCACAAACUUUUAUCACUCAGCACUUUACACUCCUCAUUAAGGGAGAGGACUAAACCCAGCUCCAGUUCCAUAUGUGAAAUUGGUUGGCAAUCUACAGUUCCUGUGAGGAGCAGGACAGUAUUGAUCUGGAAUGAGCUGCAGAAGAACCGCUUUCCUAUUACGUGUGAGAUUGAGCUGAGGCUGCGUACAUCUUCUCAGUAAGGUGGGAGAGAUGGGGAUGGCAGCAAGGGAGCUACUAUGAUGAGUUUCAAAUGACCGAAACAGGAUUAGAAACAAAAAAAACGUGCUCUCUGACCCAGUCCUCUAUGCACAUGUGACAGACAAUCAACAAUACACCUUGCAUAUUACAUUACAUCAAAUCAGAUACAUAUUCUUGGAUGGGGUGCUGGUGAGUUGAUUAAAAGGCUGGUUGCAAGAUUAAACAGUGGAUGUCUGCAGUGUUGAAAUCCAUUCAGUGAAAUACAGCAGGUUUAAACAAUGGACUACUUUCAGUUCAGUCACAGUUCAAUAUAAGCAGCUACUGUAAUAGGCUGUUCUGGCCCUGGUUUCCAGAAGCCACUUUAUCCCUAAAGACUUUAUUGAGCAAUUUUCAAAGCCCUGUUUAGAUGAGGCCAGUUUAGCACAAGGAGCUCCAGUAAUGAGGUCAGGAACAACAGCCAUUUCCCCUUGUGUCACUGCAGCUGUUACAGGUAAGGUCAUGUGUGAACAGAUGGAUCAAGCUCACAAACCAUUGCGCUUUAUACUUUAAAUAUAUUGUGAGACAGUAGUUGGAUAGAGCUGAGUAUUGAACCUUCUCUGUACUGACGUAUUGUCAGUAGCACCAAGUAUCAAACUGUCAGAGUAUUCUGAAAUCAUCAAAUAGCUGGUAAUGAAACCUGUGCUUUAUCUAAACUUAAUAUUUUCACCAGUUUAGGUGGUAUUUUAUCAUAUUUAAAUCAUUGAAACAUCUAUUUUAUAUACAUGCAUGUUAACAUGCUAACAUUUGCUAAGCAGUACUAAACAGACAACAAAUUUUAUGGCGAUCCAUGCAAUAGUUUUUAAGAUAUUUCAGUCUGGAUCAAAGUGGUGGACCAACCAAUUUAGGCACUGUAUUGACAUUUUGAACAGAUGUUCUAUAGUUGUGAGGACAUUCAUUGACAUAAUGUAUUCCUUAGCUCCUUACCCUAACACUUAACCAUCACAACUAAAUGCCUAACCCCAACACUCACCCUAACCUAAACUAAAUUCUGUCCAAAAUGUUUGCACAAAGACAGAAAGAGAUACACACAGAGUCAUAAUCAUAUGCAGGCACACACUUAAAUGUGUUGUAAUUAAACAUACAUUAAAUGCAUGAAUUCCCUCUCUACCUAGCUCUGCUACACCUCAGCCUCCUUUCUCCAAUCUCCCCACACCAGCCCCUUCUUAUUCAUCCAUUCCCCUCUCAUUUGCCUUGAUUUGUAGCUGUGUUGUAUGUACAGUGUGUGAGGGGAAUUUAGGGAUUUUAUUGCAGCAAAUGUACAGUGUGUUUCUGACUUCCAAAUACUGCUCCUUCUGCAAAACCUUUGCAUAUAUUCAGAAAAUGCACAAAAUACUGCAAGGCUGAUUCAAUUGACCAGUUACAGUAUAUACUUGUAUGCUGUUUGCCAAUAUGACCAAUGAAUUUUUAAGCAAAGCAUAAACUACCAACAGGAGCCUCAGCUACAGCGACAAGAUUUCUCCUGCUUCAGCCUCUGGUUGCUAUAACUGGUGGAGCAAGAGAGGAAGGAACCUUGAAAGAUAGGUGACAUGAUAAAACAGAGUGAGAGGGUGAGUGAAACAGAGUAGGAGAAAGAGACAGACAGAGAGUGGGAGUGAGAUAAAGAGAGAGGGAGGAAGCUGUGUGUUGCACCACAUGCCUCUCAGUCCCCUGAAGGUGCGCUGUUGGCGAAGGAGCCGCUCCGCUGAGAAAAAACUACAUCAACAACAAGAACGAAAAAAGAGCAGAAACGUCUAAAUAUCAGAUAAAAAACAUACAUCAGAAAGAGAAGAGGGAGAAAGAAGGGGAACCGGGGCACAAGAACAUUAGUGACACGCAUUAACAUCAGCAGGCGGGAGCAAGAAGGAGGAGGAGAAGAGCGAGGAGAGGGGAAGAAGUGACAAGACGGGGAAGAGAGCUGAUGGCAGAGGUGUGAUGGUGCACACUGCCAGGACCUGACAGUGUCUCCCCCCUCUUGUUUCCACCUUCCUCUGCCUCCUUAUCUAUCCUCUGACCCUGUCCCCUCCUCCUCCACCCUCCUCUCCCCUCUCUCUCACACACUAUUGCUCAAUUUCUCUUCCCACAUUCAGAUCAGGGAGAGCGCAGAGCCUGGAUCGCAUCUUCGUCUCUUUCUCUUUCAUCCCUCUGCACCCUCCCCAGCUCCCAAUUGUCAUCAUGCAGCCGAAACUCUGUUAAGAGAAUUCCUCGAGCUCUGCAUCAGAGGCGGGCCAAAGGAGAAGGAAAGACCAGUAGAGAAAUAAACUGUGGAUCCCUCAAAGAACUGAGGAGUCUUUGAUCUUUCCAGGCUUUUGGAGGAUUGACCUGUUCUGCUAAAUGGAAGGCGAUGUAAGAGCAAAGAGCAUCUUUAUUUUGCUUCACAGAUCAAAGUUUGAAUAGAAGAGGACAAGACACUGAAAGAGAUUUGAAAAACGAACUCUUUGAGACUUCAGGCUUCCGUGCUGCUCUCUGUUGUCAUUCCUCCUGUCCCAUCUGGAGUUCUCCUCUGUGUCUCGGACUCUGCUGCCUCGACUGAAGCUCAGCCAUGCAGGUGUCCUUUGCCUGUACAGACCACAACCUGAAGAGGGGCAAUGGGGACCAUAGCAAGCAGACCACCACCAGCCCCAACGUGGUGAACCAAGCUAGAGCCAAGUUCCGCACUGUGGCCAUUAUCGCUCGCAGUUUUGGCUCCUUCACUCCACGCCACAUCUCACUCAAAGAAUCAACGGGGAAAUACACAGGCAUGAAAUACAGGAAUCUUGGAAAGUCAGGACUCAGAGUGUCCUGCUUAGGACUGGGUACAUGGGUGACAUUUGGAGGACAGAUCGCAGAUGAGGUUGCAGAUCAGUUAAUGACCAUUGCCUACGAGAGUGGAGUCAACCUUUUUGACACAGCUGAGGUCUACGCAGGUGGCAGGGCUGAAAUCAUUCUAGGAAACAUUAUCAAGAAGAAAUGCUGGAGGCGAUCCAGCUUGGUCAUUACAACUAAACUCUACUGGGGAGGAAAAGCAGAGACAGAGAGAGGAUUGUCGAGAAAACACAUUAUCGAAGGUCUGAAAGGCUCUCUACAACGGAUGCAGCUGGAGUAUGUAGAUGUCGUUUUUGCCAACCGCCCAGACAGCAACACUCCCAUGGAGGAGAUUGUUCGAGCCAUGACCUACGUGAUCAACCAGGGCAUGGCGAUGUACUGGGGGACGUCUCGUUGGACAGCCAUGGAGAUUAUGGAGGCGUAUUCGGUGGCAAGACAGUUUAAUCUGAUUCCUCCAGUGUGUGAGCAGGCAGAGUAUCACCUCUUUCAGAGGGAGAAAGUAGAAGUGCAACUCCCUGAACUUUACCACAAGAUAGGCAAGUAUUUUGUGUGUGUGUUUGUUGUGACAUACUAAUAAAUCACAGGCAUGCCUGAUGGUGAAAUGUCACCAUCUUCAUAUCAGUGGUUGAAGGAGAAAAUAGUUAGUGAGGAUGGACGGAAGCAGCAAGCCAAGCUGAAAGAGCUCAACCACAUUGCAGAGAAACUGGGCUGUACUCUGCCUCAGCUGGCUGUGGCGUGGUGUCUAAGAAAUGAAGGAGUGAGCUCAGUCCUUUUGGGAACAUCCAACCCUGAACAGCUCACAGAAAACCUCGGGGCCAUACAGGUCCUUCCUAAGAUGACCUCUCAUGUGGUGUCUGAAAUUGACCACAUCCUAGGCAACAGACCAUAUGGUAAGAGGGACUACCGCUCUUAGACUUGGCUGGUGGACUACCGAGAGGUUAGCUGUACCUACCUACUUAACCAUACUGCUACCAUGGAAACACUGUUCAAUGUUCAAGUUCGUGGUUCUUUCCUUGGGCCCCACUCAGCUCCAGCCUACUUCAGCCUGGAACCAACAGCUUUGCUAAGCCCAGCAUUGCAUCUGCGUUUGAGACUCAUCCUGCUCAGGUUCAUCUCAGGUGCAGUCCAGCUCAGCUAAGAACCGCUUAACAAACAGUCUCAAAUGCCAUUAAUCCAUUUCAAUAAAUUAAACCUUUGUGUCAGCAAUGGUUCAUCUGAGAUACAACUAUGCAGAGCUUCGUCUAGCCUAUGUUAGAGUUCAGAUCCAAUGACAUUCUGACAUCAUUUAGACCACUACAUCCUGAAGUGAAUUGAUGUUUUAACUUCAGUUAUAUAGCAAGGUACACAACUAGGGAUAUCCACAUUCACACUAACGUACAGUUUGUACAUGACCAGAAAGAAGCACUGCAGCAGUAUUUCAAGUAAAAGUGCCUUUCUCAAGGGUAUCUUCAUAAUAGUUGACAGCUUCAUUACUUACUCACUUUUCCACUGACAUCCUCCCAGUGCAGCUGGUGACUCAGACCCUCAAGAUUCAAGCCUUCCUCUUUAAUGUCCAGACUACCACCCACAACUAAUUUAAUUUGAGCAAACUAUUCUUAUUGAGCACAUAAUCUAUUUAUGACAAUUACUGUACCACGGCUGAAUACAUCAGUCAGACAAGUUAGAGGUACCCCAGGAAAAUGGACAUACAGAAGCUUCGGUUGCAUGAACACCCCCAGUCAGUUCAUCAGUGCUUUUAUUAAAUUGUUAUGCAGCGCAACAAACAAAAUUACCAUAUGAGCUCAGUACUCUCAUCUCUUGUGUCAGCAGUCCACACUCAAGUAAUGGGAUACAAUGGCAUGAAUUGUGAGGUUUAGCAGUAAUUAGGUGACCUGCUCAAAGCUCUUGAAAAAGGAGCUUUAGGAAUUAGGCCUGAACAAGCCAUAUUAAAUUAGUACAGAACAGUAUUCAGUAGACAUUAUGGGCUAGCUGCAAAUCCUGAGAGUAUUACUCAACAGAUGCAUGUUGUCCCUGCUGUCAUGUGCCUCUCUUUGCUUUUCUACAAAGCCCAUAAUUAAACAACAAAAAGGAGUUUGAUCGAAAAUACUGCAACCUUACCUACUGUCCGUGAGCGCCUGAAAACCAAAGGAUUGCAGGACAUGGUGUGAGUAGCAGUGGGGAGAGAGUGAAGCAUGCCACCUCCAUGUGGUCUUUUUAAGGAACUGCUGCUCUGCUACACUACAUCAUAGCAGACAGAAAUAAGGUAUUAUUCUAAAUAAAAGUGGACUUCUUGUCUCUUAGUUUGUGUUUUUUAUGGAGACACUGGUCUCUUUUUCUGACUGUGAAUUGAACCUGCAUCGCUGAUUGAAUCCAUGACCACAGCAGAAAUGGACUUUAGCAUAAGAUAAAUCUCUCUGUGGCUGAUCAUGGUUAUAACUGCAGAAGCUGCUUGUUAAUGGCACAACGUGGCACACGGUUGAGGUAUUUGGGACAUUUUGGAAUAUAGUUUUUGUUUGAAGAUGUUACAUGUACAUAAAAUGCAUCAAUUGUAACAUAAGCUAAACUAUGAAGUCUCUCUUACAUAUGAGGAUUUUACUGUAUGGCUGAUAUUUAAAUAAGUUGUGCAGAGUUGCUCUGUUGCUCCUCUGCAGUGUUUGGAUCCUGUCCUCAUUCUCCAGCCUGACUUUACACUGUCACAGAAUUCAUGUAUAUCCUCUGAACUAUUUCUAAGGAGUGAGAGUUUGUUUUAUUUUUGCAUUGUGAAGUCAAAUUAUAAACUCUGUAACAAUAAUGACAUUAUUUAAAUAAUGAGCUCCUGUUAUGAGAAAGGAGUGCUGAGCUUUGCUUUGUCCACUAACUAGACAUGGAAAUGAGACUCUCUGUCCAUGUUGCACAUCUCAUAAAGUUUACAGUCGUCACCUUCCUGCUUUGUUCUCGUCCUUUUUCAUCUGGAAAACAAGCCACCACAGAUAUAAGCAGAAACGUUGGCCGUGUUCCAGCUGAGUCGCCGUCUCAUCCUCAGUGCGCAUUUGUUGCCCAAAUGCAAGGAAAUGUGAAUAAAUCUGAUAUCGCACAUCAAAAGUGUUACUUUUGGUUUGCGUGCAAGUUCACAUGUUGCGCAUCAGAUUGAGUCCGUGCUCAAGUCGGACUACAGCCUGCCCGCAUGUGUGGAGCCUCCUCCAGUUAACAGAGUGCCUUGAUGCAAGUCCUGCUACAGGAAGAAAAUAAAUAAAUAAAUCAGGGACGUCUUUCAUAAGUUGCUGACUUGUGUUUGGAUACUGUCCUACAUCAGCAUGUGAGAACAGUAUUUAUGCAGAUUUUUUAAUUUAUUACAUAGAUCUACAGUACAUGUUAACUUUUACUUAAUUCAUCUAUACCAGUCAUUUGCUCAUCAAGGAUCAGUUCUAUCAAGGUGACUGAAACAGCCAGACUUUACCAGCUUCACAGAUUCUGCCAGAAACUCUGUUUUCUCCAGAGGAAAACAUGUAAUACAAUCUAAAGAAAGGGGAAUUAAUCUGUGGCUUGAUUUUCAACUGUUAUUCAGACCACAUGAAAAGGCCCGCAGAGCCUUAGCCCAAGAUUUUCUGUUCUGGUACAAAUUCGGCCAUGAAAUUUGAGUGUAAUCUAUUCUAGAUCAGUGCUAUUUUCUACAACAUGCAAAGCUGAAGAUGGAAAGGACUUCUUUCUUUUAAAUGACAUGCAAACCAUGAGUGUAUUAUUUACUCUCUUGAACUGUGGUUUCUCUGUAAAUAGUCUGCACAAACCGUGUGAUUAUAAAUAAAUGCAAUGCCAGUGGAAAUGUCUCACUUUUGUUUAACUUUCGAAAUAAGUAUAAAUCGACCAUUAGG